AUGUCUGCAUCAUCAUCAUCUUCAGAUGUUCACAAGGCCCCAGUGGUCAAAAACAUUGAAAAGCUGGACAUGGAUAUGUUCUCAGCGUCAAGUUCAUCUACAUCCAAAUCAUUCUGGCACAACUUCAUUGAUUCUUUCCAUAGAGCAGAUGGUAAGACUUCAGCUGAAAGUAAAGAUCAACGUAUAUCCAAAACUGAAUUACGUAUAAUGUCAUUGUCUACUGGGUUAGGUACUGGUUUACUUGUUGCAUCCGGUAGUAAACUUAGGGCUGCAGGUCCUGCUGGUGUUCUUGUGGCCUAUUUCAUCACUGGUAUUUGUAUGUUGGCACCAACAAUCAACUCUGUUUCAGAGUUGGCCAUUGCUUAUCCAGGUUUGCCUGGUGGGUUCCAAUCCUAUUAUGCCAAAUUUAUCGAUGAAAGUCUUGGGUUUGCCUUGGGAUGGAACUAUGCCUUCCAAUGGAUGUGUGUGUUGGCUUUGGAGUUGGUCACCACUUCGAUGAUCAUUAAGUUUUGGACAACCACAGUUAAUCCUGAUGUAUUUGUUGCUAUAUUCUUUGUCGUUGUUACUUUGAUCAAUAUGGGUGGUGCCAAAGUGUAUGCUGUCGCUGAGGCAAGUAUGAACUGUUGCAAAGUUUUACUUUUGGUUGGGUUUGUGAUUUUCGGAUUGAUCAUCGACGUCGGUGGAGGUCCAAAUGGGUUUAUUGGUGGUAGAUACUAUCACGACCCUGGUGCGUUCACAUCUUUCAAAGGUUUGGCUUCUGUGUUUGUUACUGGUGCCUUUAGUUUGGGUGGGUCUGAAUUUAUUAGUUUGUCUGCUAGUGAAACAAGACACCCUCGUGCUUCUAUUCGUGCUGCUUCAAAAUUAGUGUAUUUCAAAGUUGUUGUUCUUUUCCUUGGUUCUUUAACUUUUGUUGGGUUAUUGGUGGCUUACAACAAUGAUCGUUUGAUGGGAAGUGGUGGUGCAGCAAGUCAUGCUUCGCCAUACGUUCUUGCUGCAGAAAUGAACGGUAUCAGAGUCUUGCCGCAUAUUAUCAACGCCGUCAUUUUGAUCUCAGUUGUUUCAGUUGCUACCGCCGCCAUGUACAGUUCUCCAAGAUUGCUUCAAUCAUUGGCUGAACAAGGUUUGGGUCCUAAAUGGUUGGAUUUCAUUGACAAGAAGGGUAGACCAACUAGAGCUUGGCUUAUUACUGUUGUAGCUGGGUUAUUUGGUUUCAUUGCUGCUUAUGAGAAACAAGAAACCGUGUUUGUCUGGUUAUUGUCAAUUUCAGGUAUUUCAUUUAUUAUGUGUUGGUUAUUUAUUUGUGUGAGUCACAUCCGUUUCAGAGCUGCCUUGAAGUAUAGAGGCGUUAGUUUGGACCAAUUGGCUUAUGUUGCACCAACUGGUGUUUGGGGUUCAUAUGUUUCAGUUAUCAUUAACUGUCUUAUUCUUAUUGCUCAAUUCUGGAUCUCAUUAUGGCCAUUAGGUGGUGGUGGUAAAGCCAGUGCUAAUUCAUUCUUUGAAAAUUACUUGGGUGCUCCAGUGUUUUUGGUGUGCUACAUUGGUCAUAAACUCUGGACUAGAAAUUGGAAAUUGUAUAAGAAAGUUGAAGAAAUUGAUAUUGAUACCCAUAGAAUGAUUUACGAUCCAGAACUUUUGGCUUUAGAAGACUUGGAAGACAAGGAAAGGUAUCAAAAGGCUCCGGUUUGGAAAAAGAUUUUGAUUAAAUGUUUUGAUUAG